AUGAAGUUGUCUCAUUUCACAAAGUUGAUUUUCCAAACCUAUCAGGCACCCUCAUUUGGAGCUAGAUUUUGCCGUUUUGGAACUGGUACCCAAUACCGUAAAAACUACUAUAAGAUCCUUGGAGUCCCAUCGAAUGCAUCUCCUCAAGAAAUCAAAAAUGCUUAUGUAAGACUUUCUAAACAGUAUCAUCCUGAUGUCGCUGGCAAUGAUGUCGAUUCUCGUUCAAAGUUCGUUGAGAUAACCGAAGCAUUCUCCAUUCUGGGUAAAGAAACCAAUAGAAAGGAGUAUGAUUUCCAGCGUAGAAUCAAUGCUCUCAGUGGAAUUGAAAUGGGUUAUAAAAUUGACUAUCCGAAACCUGACGCCCUGGAUCCCAAGCUAGUCGCUGCGUAUGAUGAGGAAAUGCGACGAAGAUGGAAUGAAAAAUUAAUGGACUGGAUGCGAGGCCAGGGUGAAUACGAGUUAGAAAGAGGUCAUCACAUGGUUCCCAUCCCAGCUAACCUCGGCAUUUCUUAUUCCUCAUCCGAAAUAUCCAAACAUGCCACCAUAUUGCUGGCCGGUUUUCUCCUUUUUUCCAUUGGAUUGUUUUCCAUCUACCAAGAGUUAAAACGCGAGGCUCGGGAGGAAUCCCCAAAAGUACGAACAAAAACGAUUAUCACGUAG